CCUCCUUUCUUGCUCUCUUUGUCUCCGGCCUUUCUUCUGUCGCAUGGUAAUUAUCAUGUCAAGAAAAGAUUAAUGCCGCUAGAUUGGAUCUUGGACAAGGUGAAGGAAGAGGAAGAGACAGGAUGCUGCAGCGAGCAGCGAGUAAUGCAUAUUCAUGGUGGUGGGCAAGCCACAUCCGCACCAAACAGUCAAAAUGGCUCGACAACCACCUCCAAGAUAUGGAACACAGGGUCAAGUGCAUGCUCUUGCUCCUUGGGGAGGAGGCGGAUUCCUUUUCAAAGAGGGCAGAGAUGUACUACAAGAGGCGACCUGAGGUGAUCACUCAGGUGGAAGAAGUAUAUCGGGCAUACAGGGCUCUGGCUGACCGGUAUGACAUCAUGUCAGGGGAGCUACACAAAGCAAAUCACACCAUUGCCACAGCCUUUCCUGACCAGGUCCAGUAUGCAAUGCUGGAAGAGGAGGAUGAUAACAUCCCAAAGGCGUUCACCCCAGUUGAUCCACGCAAAAUCCACAAGUCAACUGUUGAUGGAUUGAUGAAGAAGAAGAAAGGAGAGCAUCCUGGGUCAAAGGUUGGAGGAGCAAAGAAUAGUACCUCAGCUCCAAUCAAUAAGGAAAAUGCACGGGAAGAGAUCAGCAGGCUACAGAAAGCCAUAUUGGCCAUGCAGACUGAGAAAGAAUUUAUCAAAAGCUCCUAUGAGAGCGGCAUGGCAAAGUACUGGGAUCUUGAGAAGGAAAUCAAUGACAUGCAGGUACAAGUUUGUCACUUUCAAGAUAAGUUUGAUGAAAGCGUGGUGAUUGAAGAUGAUGAAGCCAGAGCCUUGAUGACAGCAACUGCCCUCAAGUCCUGUGAAGACACUAUUGUCAAACUGCAAGAACAGCGGAAGGCAUCUGCGGGGCAAGCAGUGGGAGAAUCAGAAAGAGUCAAGGUUUUUAGAGACAAGCUCCAGGCUAUAAUGAACAAGCAUGGCAAAUCUCUACCGGAUUUUCUGGAUUCUUCCGAGAAAAACACUCGAAAGAACCAUGGUGCGGAAAUGGAGAAUGUGUGCCAUGUCAAACAAGGUGCAAUAGACAUGGAGUCUAUAAUUGACAAGAUCAAGGAACACUUUGAGAAGGAGUGCAACAUCUCCAUGGCAGAAGUUACAGAGAGGAUUGAUGAAAUUGUCAACAAAGUUGUUGACUUAGACCUCAUGGUUUCAUCACAAACCUCCCAGAUUGAUCGACUUUGUCAAGAAAACAAUGAGCUGGAGAAUUCCCUGCAAAGCCUGGAGGACGAGAAUACUGAGCUGGACAGUGGAUCAAGUGAAUUGAUCGAGAAGCUUAGGCAGGCAGAAGAGGGGCUUGUCAGAGCUCAGGCUCUCGAAAGCUCAUUCCACAAAGAUGAAAGCACAAUCCGUUCCAAUUUCAUAGAAGCAAUAAGCAGAUUCCAUGAUUUAUCAGAGUUGUUGCUAUCACCGGUUUGCGAGGACCACACUGAUCAUUCUGCAUCUGCUGCACACACGUCCCAUGAAGGAGCACAAGUUGAGUCUAUAGAGCCAUCAUCAAAUGAGUGCUGUGACAUGGAGAAGGUGGGGCUUCAAAUUGCUGAAGCCCACGCCGGCAAUGCUGGGCCAGCGUCUGGUGUUGGCAAGUUGGAUGAUCCUAAUGAUGCACUUGUGGCAGCCAAUGAUGAAUCAUCAGGUAGCACCAAACGCAGUGAUGAGCAACAAUUAGACGUUGGUCAGAACAAAAUUUCACGUGAGAGGGUUUCAUUGGUACGGCUUCGUCAUAUUUCUUCAGAUAACCUUGGAGGUUGCGAUGAGCAGGAAGAGAUGAGCAAGGAAGGUUUAUUGUCUUCUGCUAAUGCCGUUACUGACAUGAUGAAGCUGCAGGAGAGGCUCACAGAUAGUCUAGACGAUAAGGAGAAGGUCCUCUUAGGUGAUUACACCUCACUCCUGGAGGACUACAAGGACGCAAAGAGGAAGCUUGCAGAAAUGGAGAAAAAGAACCAGGAUUGCCUGAAUGAAAUCCGGAAACUCCGUGAAGAAAUCACAAGCUCUGCAGGGGACGGAGGAGGCGGCAGUGAAGGUUCAUGCAAGAGGAGCUCUAGUAGCUUCUCUCGCCGGGGUCACAGGAGGACCCCGAGCUAUUCGUCUAUCCAUCAGAGGAGACCAAGCGUUUCGUCCAUUUCAAGGUUGAUAAGGAUGGGCUCGGCCAUCCAAGAAGGUACCGGUGGUGAACCAGCAGCAGGGAGCGGCAAGCGGGAAAGUGAUGCCGCUGCUGAGCAAGGAGGCAUUAGCCUGGAGGACCUGAGGCUGCCGCCUAUCGCCGAGGCAGAGAAUGCCUCGCCUCUUGAAGAGAAGUUCAGGAGGGACAUUGACACGCUCUUGGAUGAGAACCUCGAGUUCUGGAUGAAAUUCAGCUCGUCGUUGCAGCGGGUGCAGGAGUUCCAGAACAAGUACGACAGCCUGCAGAGGAAGCUGCAGCUGAUAAACAACGAAGACGGCAAGCAGGACGGGGCGACGGAGAAGCAGCUGAGGGCCUUCAAGACGGAGCUGCAGGUGUGGUCGGAGCAGAACGCGAUGCUACGAGGGGAGCUACAGUGCAGGUUCACGUCUCUGUGCGACAUACAGGAGGAGAUCACGGCGGCGCUAGACACAGAGGCAGAGGCGGAGGCGGAGGCGGAGGAGGCUCAGUUCACGUCGUACCAGGCCGCCAAGUUCCAGGGGGAGGUCCUCAACAUGCAGCAGGAGAACAACAGGGUGUCAGACGAGCUGCAGGCGGGACUGGACCACAUCAAGGGUCUCCAGGCGGAGGUGGAGCAGGCGCUGGCCAAGCUGCAUAGGAGCGUCAGCCUGCCGCCCCAGCCAGCAGGGGCAGGGGCCGGAGCCGAGGACGACGACGACUCCAGCUCGCCUGCCCAUGGUGGCAGCAACCUGGGGCACGUGCCGUCCAACAAGUCUAAGGCGGUGCCAUUGCAGUCGUUCCUCUUCCCGGCCAAGCCCAAGAAGCCGUCUCUGCUGGCCCGUGUCACGCCGGUGCUCCCGAAGCAACCGGUGGAUAUGAAGUUUCUUGCCAAGUUGCCAAGGUAGCAACCAUGCUCUUGUUCUGUUAGAUCUUUGGUGGUGACUCAGAUCAGAUGCUAAGAAAUGUAUGUAAUUUCCCAAGUACGAGACAAUUUCCACCCCUUUUUUUCCUCUUUUCUUCCCUUCCCUCUACGUUCGAGAUCAAUGGAGCUGCAAUGUUUCCUUCAUUCAUUUAUGUGCAACAGAUUUUGGUCUACUUGCUUGGACAAAUACGUAUGGCAAAUACUUCCUACAUAUAUCAAA